UUGCGUUUUCCCGCAAACGCGAUCGCUCUGUUCGUUUGCUCCAGUAUGGCUGCGUUGCUGCUCCUAUGCUCUGCUUCUCUCUCGUGUACAGAGGAGCAAAGCGGUAAACGGUCUAAUCCGUGAAGUCAGUGGUACGUCUACGGCCGUCGACUCCAAUAAGCACCGAAUAGUGAGUAAACAACAAUCUUAGCUGCGAGAAACAGCCAACGACUUGAAUGGUCGGACGACCAAAAGUUUACUCUCAUUAACAAAACCGAGCUCGAUACAAGUACAAGUGUACAGACCACCCGUUCAUCCGUUCCACCGUGCAGUCACGAUGGCGGCUAGCCGUGUCGCCCUGUCCGUGCCAGUCGCCGCCGCCGUCGCGCUGCUGCUGCUCGCGCUCCCCCGCGCCGCGGUGUCGUACCCGUGGGGGUUGUGCAACGACACGGCCGGCGAAUUCCCGGCGAGGAGGAGCAGCUACCUUGCCAGUAUCAACCUCAUCGCCGCCACCCUCCCCGGCAACGCCUCGGCCUCGCCGGACCUGUUCGCCACCGCCGAGGGCGUCGGCGCGCCGCCGGACCAGGUCUCCGCCCUCGCGCUCUGCCGCGGCGACGCCAACGCCUCCACCUGCCUCGCCUGCCUCACCCAGGCCUUCCUCGACCUCCCCAACGCCUGCGCCUACCACAAGGUCGCCGCCAUCUUCUACGACUCCUGCCUGCUCGCCUACUCCAACGCCACCAUCGCCGCCGGCGACUUCUCCUCCGAGAAGAUCCCGAUUUACGGGUUCUACAGCAACGCGAACGCCACGACGGAGCAGGCACGGUUCAACCGCCUCGUGGCAGCGCUGGUGAACGCCACCGCCGACUACGCGGCGCGCAACUCCACGCGGCGGCGGUACGCGUCCGGGGAGGCCGACUUCAACGCGGAGUUCCCCAAGGUGUACAGCUGGGCGCAGUGCACUCCGGACCUGACGCCGGCGAGCUGCCGGAGUUGCCUCGCGCAGAUCAUAGGGACAUAUAUUGGGUUUUUUGAGAACAGGGUCGGAGGAUUCGUCCGCGCGGUCUGGUGCAGCUUCCAGUACAGUACCACGCCCUUUCUCGACGGACCGAUGCUUGUAAGGUUACAAGGAACGUCAGGUGCCUCGCCGGCGCCGUCGCCGGCGGCCGUGGUGCCCGCAGUUAACCAGACGCCGCCGGCGGCGACGCCGACGCUUGAAGGAGGGAGGAAGUACAGCGUCCCUGGAUUGGUUCUUAUAAUUCUGCUGCCUACAAUAGCAGCAAUAAACGUUGUGGUUGGCCUCUGUUUCUGGAGGAGGAGGAGGCGACCAGUAACAGAAGCAAAGCGAACAUAUGCCAAUUACUCCACUGAAGCAGAGGACAUUGAGAAUUUAGAUUCGAUGCUCAUCGACAUCUCCAUUUUGCGAUCUGCAACUGGUGAUUUUGCAGAGAGUAACAAGCUCGGUGAGGGCGGAUUUGGUGCUGUGUACAAGGGUGUGCUCCCGGACGGCUACGAGAUAGCAGUGAAGAGACUGUCGAAGAGCUCAACGCAAGGGGUGGAAGAACUGAAGAACGAGCUGGCUCUGGUUGCGAAGCUGAAGCACAAGAACCUUGUCAGCCUCGUCGGCGUCUGCUUGGAGCAACAGGAGCGGCUGCUCGUAUACGAGUUUGUUCCAAACCGGAGCCUCGACCUGAUCCUUUUCGAUACUGAGAAAAGUGAGCAGCUGGACUGGGAGAAGAGGUACAAGAUCAUAAACGGGAUCGCUAGAGGUCUGCAAUACCUCCACGAAGAUUCUCAGCUCAAGGUAGUCCACCGCGAUCUCAAGGCGAGCAACAUCUUGCUAGACGUGAAUAUGAACCCCAAGAUUUCAGACUUUGGCCUCGCGAGAAUUUUCGGUCGAGAUCAGACCCAGGCUGUCACCAAGAAUGUCAUCGGCACAUAUGGAUACAUGGCUCCUGAGUACCUGACACGUGGGAACUACUCUGUCAAGUCAGACGUAUUCAGCUUCGGCGUCAUGGUCCUUGAAAUCGUGACAGGUAGGAAGAACAACCACAGCUACAACUCCCAACAAUCUGAAGAUCUCUUGACCAUGAUCUGGGAGCAAUGGGUGGCCGGGACGGUGCUGGAGAUGGUCGAUCCGAGCAUGAACAGCUUCUUCUCGGAGAGCGACGUGAUGAGAUGCAUCCACAUUGGGCUCCUCUGCGUGCAGGGUGACCCGGCGAACCGGCCGGUGAUGUCGUCGGUGGUGCUGAUGCUCGGCACGGACACCGUCGAACUCCAUGCCCCCGCGAAGCCGACGCUCUUCGCCAGGAAAGGCGGCGGCGACGAAUCCGGCGUCGCGUCCGGCGGCAUGUCAAUCGUGUCAUUGGAGGAGCAGUCGUAGAGACGGUAGUCCAGUGUUGCUUAUUAUCAGAGCGGUAGAGCCAGAGGCCUGAAGAGGCCAGUGCAGAAUCCUACGAGAGAAGAUUGUGCUACACUGUGCUACCGUACCCAUGUGUAGCGGCAAUUUAGAAAUGGCUGCCAGAUCUUCAUCGGAGUGAUCAUGAAAAGAUCAAGCGAUAAUGAAAUUGUGUCAAAUUACGAUCAAUAUGAGAGUAAACUUUAGAUCUUUUUCAACUGAUGGCGAAAUGAUAAACGAAAUUGUGUC